AGGCGGAGAUGAUCAGUCUCUCCCCUGAUAUUUACUUCUUUUGUUUAAAUCUUCGAUUACCACAAUGCAUAUCAGGUUAUUCUUGAUAUUUGUCGUAAUGAUGUGCGCCAUACACCAAGCGCCUGCUGUAUAUCGGGACCUCGCGUGCGUGGAGCCCGAGCCAGGAUAUGCAAAAAGAUUGUUUUAUUAUUUCACCACAAGUGAAAUUGAGAAAGUCUGUCCAACGGUUACUGAGCUGACAUGGCGAAUUGGAAAUGAGGUAUUCUAUAAUCUGCUGUGUGUGCUUCUAACCCUGCUGUUGAGCUAUGCAACGUUGGUCGGAAAAAUCGUCAAAGAGAAAUGGUCAGCCGCCGUGUCAAUGUUCCAAGAAUGGAGAGCUCGUCCUUCCCUCUGCCGUCACUGUGGUACUGCCCCGUGUCAGGUGAAAAGGAGAUCCGUGUGGAAGCUCGCCGGUACUCGUAAGAAAGACAAGGCGAAUUUUGCAAACGCCAUGAUGUUGUUUUACUAUGGACUAGAUUUGUCCGUGGUACUGACCAAAGAGCUGCCAUGGAAUGAGCUGCACCGGAAGAGGAAGUUCAUCCAGCAUUUUGAGGAGGAGCCUAUGGUGUUGUUCCCACUGUGCAUCCAGCGUCAUAUCAACUACUGGUACCCUGUCCCUCGCUAGAUUCGUUUCGCCGUUCGAAGAGAAGAAUGUGGAUUGCUUUCGGUGAUGGAAUAACAGUUUGAGAUUGACGUCUGAGACACGAUUGUAUUGUCUAAGUUGUUUUGAGGAUCACGAUCCGAUCCGAUUGGAAUGGUGUUUGGCCAAUGUUAUAUUGUACCUUAUUCUUGUUAUAUUGAAUUGUAACUCUAUGGAUCUUGACCACUAGUGGUUACGGGAAGAAUUGAACCGAUACCUGAUGAAUUGGCCAUUUAUAACUUAGCUAGUAUUGUCCAGCAGUGGUCCAAUUUAUAAAUGUCGAUGGUGUUUGUUUUAUUGGUCAGUUGCUAACAUGUUUAUAUAGGCCAUUCGGUGAUUUGAGUAAUUGUGGAGCUAGAAAGUUGACUAAGUAGCAUUGGUCAGUUCGAAGUCGUUCGCUGUAUGUUGAUGCUCUCGGUAUUUAUUACAUUACAAAGUUAGAACGAUGUCGAUCUUAACUGUUUGUUAGUGUUUCGAGAAAAUUUGUCAAAUACUCAACGAAUACAAUGUAGGCCAGCUCAAACCACCAGUGGUUCCACGCUGAUUACGGCUAUCAUUUCGAAGGUUCUAAUUCUGUCACAUCUUGAAAGAUAUCGGUCCCUCGUACAUUUAUGCUAUGCUUAGUAUUGUGGCAUAUCAAAAUGGAUUGAUUCUGCAAUGACCGCUAAUGGCAUGGUCUGAUGGUGCUGUCGUGGUCAGUUAUUUACUCGGUCAACCUGACCCACAGCUUCUGUAAAACUACCAACAUGCAUAAUUCUGUCCAUUUUGUACUUGCUUUUGCGAAUUUGUGUAGUAACAAUCAUGUGAUCAAUACAAUUCUUCAAAUUGAUUUUCGUGUUCAUAUACUAGUUUUGUAACCAUCGUUUUAAACAUGUCAUAGCUUCGUAAAAACGUAUGAAAUGUCAUACAUUGAAGUGAGACUUUGUUAUAUUACCGAUACCUCGGCCCGUAUUAAUGAGAACGUCAUCAUGCUCAAGCAUGGAUUCUAUAUGUUCAAACCAACUCUGUUACUCACUUAAAUAAUGACACUCUCAAAAUGCCAAAUGUUAACAUUGGAAAUAUACUUCGGCUUUAAGACUCCAUAAUUCUUCCAAAUCAUUGACAAAAUGUUUAUUUUACAUUUAUUACUGGAACAAGAUAUUGGGCUUGAGCACAGAAUCUGGGUUUGAGCAUGAGAACGUUUCCGUGAAUACGGCCCUUGAUUUACGGACAUCCUCUAAAUUUUUUAUGCAUCAUGAUAUGAUUAAAAGAAACUGAUGUAUCGCUAUAUCUACGUAUUUUACGGAUACAUCGUCAAAUCUGACUAUAUUACAUGUAUGAAGUCCCCCCUGAUGUUC